CAAAGUCUCAUCGUAUCACACACAUCACAUUCACAGCGCCCAUCAUUUCUCAGUGGUGCCUUUACGAGUGAUGUUGAUGGUUCAAGUUUGCUUGCUAGCCUGAAGUUCGUCGCCUUCGUCGCAGUUGUUUUGAGUGCAGUUUUUACUGUGACGGUUUUACCGGUACUGGGUUUGUACGUUGGUCAGAUUCCAGCAUUCCGCCGAGUGUAUGAUGUUGUGGUCCUAGUGCAAGUGAAUGAAAAAAAUAAACCCGUGGUUUGCUGCUACCAAGUUUCUUGAUUGUGACCACCAAGUUCGAAGCUAUAGCUGACCAACGGUUGUGGGACGCACUUUCGUCGGCUAGUUGGACCAGUGAAAGGGGUGGGUGAGCGAACCGUCUGAAGAAAGCCGAAGAAGAUGACGAAGGAGAAUGUUUAAUUGGCAAGAAAAAGUUGAAUUUUGAAAGCCUGUGUGAUUUUUCGUUAUGUGAGCUACUUGUUUUGGGUUGUGCAUUGGAAAAAAUGGAUGUGAUUUGAUUGAUUUUCAAUUGUGCAGAGGAAAUCACAUUCGUUAUUCAACAUAAGAGCAAAAAACAGGCUUUCAAAUUAAAUGCUCUAUUGCAGUUUCAUCUAGAUUGCAGUACAAAAAUCAUCACUGUGACAAUACGCAGAGUAUUCCACGUAGGAACGGAUCGCACAAGCGUUACUUCGACUGUUUUCUGAAUCGUUGAAAUCUAGUUGCCGGACCUUCAUUUCGACCAUAUCAUAUAUUAUCAUCCGUGCCCAGUGACAGUCGGCUGCAAUGGCCGAAACAAAUUGAAUCAAAAACGAGAAACAUGUCGAGUACUUCUAGCGGUCCAUUUCCUAGUACUACAUCCCCUUCUCAGGAAGGAGGGCGUGUAACUGUUUCUAACAAUAACCAUCAGCCACCGCAUCGUGUCGUUCCCGGAUCGUUGAACGUGGUGGCAGUUGCCGGGUUAGGAAAUCCGCAUCCACCCGGGGGCAGUUUUGUUCCGACUUCGGUAGUGUUGGCACCAGAAGUUCUCAGCUGUACAAAUGGCGGAAACAACAGUAGCAGUGGUUUAACAGGAGGCUGCGGGAUGUCACGGAAUAUUAUCUCCAGUCCCAUCCAGGCGGGUACCGGCCCAUCCAAGGGACUGCUGAACGGGCCCGGACAAAACAAUUGUUUCCUCAAUUGUGCAGUUCAGGUUCUAUGGCAUCUCGAUGCGUUCCGACGAUCAUUCCGGCAGCUCCAGAGCCACGUUUGCGGUGGACAGGACUGUAUUUUCUGCGCCCUGAAGGAAUUAUUCUCCCAACUGCAAACCAGCUCGGAACCAGCCCUUUGUCCGGAACCGUUGAGACGUGCGCUGGCCAGUGGUCCUCUCGCUGGUCGCCGAUUUCCACUGGGAUGUCUGGGCGAUGCAGCUGAAUGUUUCGAACUGUUGUUACAUCGUGUCCAUCAGCAUCUGUCUCCAGUUGAUGGAGAUAAUUGCGAUACUCCACAAUGUGUCGCCCAUCAGCGAUUCGCCAUGCGAGUUGUCGAACAAAGCGUGUGCGAAUGCGGUGCCAACUCCGAGCAGCUUCCAUUUACACAGAUGGUGCACUACGUGUCGGCGUCGGCACUCAACUCUCAAAGCAGCCUGUCGGCCCAGCAUCAGCAAAAUAUCACUUUCGGACAGUUACUGCGCAACGCUGGUAACAUGGGCGACAUUCGGGACUGUCCGAACGCUUGUGGUGCAAAAAUUGGCAUUCGCCGUGCAUUACUCAAUCGGCCCGAUGUAGUCUCAAUCGGUGUGGUCUGGGAUUCGGAACGGCCAGCUGCUGAUCAAGUCUACUCGGUUUUAAAAGCAGUCGGAACGUCGCUACGGUUAUGCGAUGUUUUUCAUCAAGUCAGCGAUCAGCGAUGGGCUCAAACCGUAAGCCAUGAGCUGGUUGGCGUUGUGUCCUACUACGGUAAACACUACACCACCUUUUUCUUCCACACCAAACUUCGUGUUUGGGUCUAUUUCGAUGAUGCAAACGUCAAAGAGGUCGGCCCCAGCUGGGAAGGUGUAGUGGACAAGUGCUCCAGAGGUCGCUAUCAACCGCUACUGCUUUUGUAUGCGCUUCCACAGCCGCAACCACAGCCACAGCAAAUCGUAACUCAGGAGUUGGCUGCUAUGCAACAAGCUCAACACCGCCGCGCUGUUACUCCAAGCCCGGAAAAGGCACCAAUUGGAUCGCAAACCCGUAGGGCUAUAACGCCAACGCCAAACCGAGCAGUGUCUGUUUGUGACUAUCAGAAUCUAAGUGUCAUCCAAAGCAAAAUCUUUCCGAAUGAGGAAAAGGAAAAUUACAUUAGUCGCAAAGCGGUUCAGAACGUUCUGCAAGCUCAACAAUAUCAGAAUCUCUCCGUGAUCCAGGAUAAAAUUUUCCAGCAGCAGCAGCAACAGGACGCGGACAAAGACCAAGUUGGUUACAUUUCGAAAAAUGCUUUGAAUGCUCAACUGCGCAAGCAACCCAUGAACCUUCACCGGACUCUUAGUGCCGAAUCCGGUCAGGUUUCUCCUCCAUCAUCUUCCACGUCUUCGCCAGAUGGUCUCUCAAUUCCAGACCAUCUGAACCAACCUCGCCGAAGGGAUUCCGGAAAUUGGAGUGGAGACCGAAACUCUGCUUCUUCAUCGUCAUCCACCACGCUAGACAAUCCCUAUCUAUAUUUGGUCGGUAAACGGAACGGUAGCGUCCCAGCUAGUCCAACACGACAAGGUCAGCUUUAUGAUGCCGGCUACGAUUCGUAUUCACUUUCUUCGACAGAUUCUUUUCCACCGAAACAUGCGGCCAAUGGCAAUAAUAUGCAUUUGGCCAAGAUUCCUGAAUCGGUAGUUCUAAGUGGCGACUGUGAAAAACUUUGCAUGGAAGCAGACCAGUUACUGGAAAAAUCACGCAUUCUAGAGGAGUCACAUGAUCUGGAAACCGCAUUGGUAUUGUGCAAUGCUGCUGCCAGUAAGGCACGUGCCGCGAUGGAUGCACCCUAUAGCAAUCCCCACACGAUGACCUUUGCCCGAAUGAAACACAAUACCUGCGUAAUGCGAGCGCGAUCUCUCCAUCGACGAAUUCUUAUUGAAAAAGGUGGAGAAAUCAUCAAAGAACAACACCAGCAACAGCAACAAUUAGCGUAUAAUUUGGCCGGAAUCAGUGCCGGUGGGAUCGCACAUCGAAGACAGAAUAGCAAGGAAAAGCUACUCAGUAAUAGUCGACAAAGCAGCAAAGAAAUGCUACACGAAGGGAGUGGAUCAGUUGCUUCUCGUAAUUCACCAUCCAAAAGCAUUGAGAUAUAUGCCACACUUCCGAAAAAGAAGGUUACGCUUAAGUUAGUGGAAGCGGAAAACAUCGAGGAAGUUAUUACGGGAACAGUUGAUGUCAAACCGGAGAGGGAAAGCCGUUCUUUGUUCGGCAGGAGUAAAGAUUCGAAAGAGAAACGUAGUCGCAGUGAAGACAGGAAUAAAAUAAAUCGAGACUUUCAACUAGCCGACCCAGCAUUGGUCAACGCGAAAGAUACUCUCAAGAAACACAAGGAAGAGAAGGAGUCUGAUAAAAAAGAAAAGGAUUCUAAGGGAGGAAAGAAACAGCACAAAAUUCGUCGGAAAUUGCUUAUGGGUGGUCUAAUCCGCCGAAAAAAUCGCUCAAUGCCAGAUCUCACCGAAGGCGCAGGAGCAGCCGCCGAUGAACAGCCCAAUUCGGCAACGAUAGUCAAGCAGAUGGUAUCAAUCGAUGACAGUACAGUUGGCCUGAAUUUGGCUAAAGACGCAGUGAAUAGUGGUUACCUCUCCGAGGGACACUUUGAUUUUCAUGUCUCCAACACCAAUCCGAAUCUGGAACGCAGUAAACUUAUGCGUAAAAGUUUUCACGGCAGCGGCAAAACUCUAUCAGUCCCUAAAGUGCCACCUCCUCCACCAGUCCGAAUAGGAUCAUCCUUGACGGGACCACAACAACAGCAAAUGCCCACUCAGCAGCAACCGCAGCAAAUGCUACAAGUACAAAAACUUCCACUGAAUGGAACCAAUCUUCGACACCUGGAAUUCCAGGAGAGUCGUCCUCCAACAUCUCCAUUGGAGCCCUACCAUCGAGCUAAUUUAUCUAACCUGUCCACGAUGAGCUCGAACACCAGCAUGAGCGAGGACUCGUGUCAAACCAUUAUCACCACUUGUGCCGUGGUUCAUCAGGAACAGUCUCCCUUGAAACCUCAAGAUCAACAUCUCAACUCAUCAUCAGCUUCAGUCGAUGAAGUUGACUCGAUUGUCAAGUAUAAUAAUAGCAGCAGUAACAGUAACUCUUCCCACGAAAAGGGCCCUGUUGGAUCAACUGGAAGUAUGGAACUACCACCAUAUCCAAGUCCUCCAUCAACCACGUGCCAUUCGCGUCAAGCAAGCGAAGAUUUUCCGCCUCCUCCACCCGCAAUAGAUUUUGAACCACUUAACGAACAGCUAAGUGAAAUACAAAGUCUCCAACAGCAUCAACAACAGGGGAAAAUUAAUCAAUCUAUGUACCACCAGCCAUCAAUUCAAAACACCACUAGCAUUUUGGCACAACUGCAAGCCAAACAACAGCAGCUUCUAAUGAUGAAUAAACUGCGAGAACAGCAGCAACACAAUAACAACAACAACAAUAAUAACACUAACAACAACAGUAGCAGUAAUAUUAGCAACAACAACAAUCCAAUCAGCGCUAGCGAGAUCUUGAAUGAAACAACUCGUUCGGAGAUUUGGCUGAAAGAGCUACAAGCAAAACAAGUGGCACUUAAACAACAGCAACAUCAGCAGAAUCAAAAUCCUCCCAUACACCAACAGCAGAUAACGACGUCUGGUAAUGAUCAGAGAAGUGUGCGCGAUCUUGCGUCUCGUUUCGAACAGAUUAAACUAACUGGCCCGUCCCAACAAACGCCACAAUCACAACAGCAAAAUCAGACUCUCUCAACAAUUAGGCCAUAUCCUAGUCAGGAGCUGCUAAAUGGAACGGCGAAACAGCAGCCAUCUGUAUUACCACAACAACCACUGACGAAUGUCCGAACCGGUAUGAGUGGACUCCUGACGGAUCAGAAGCCAAAACCUCAGGUCACAGCUGUUCCUCAGUCGACCGAUGAUGCCGGUGUCGACGAGGUGGAUUGUGCAAUCGCAUAUAAAAUGCUGUCGAAACCUCGAUACGAUAUUGCUCAAGCACAAAUUCAAGAGGAAAUUCGAGAAGUCGAAAUGCUGAACCAAGUAGUUCAACAGACGUUGAAUAAUGCUGGUAAUGUGACUGCCACAGCAGUUCCUAUCACGGCGGCUGGUGCUAAGCGAACCAAGAAAAAGAGCGUCAGCUUUUGCGAUCAAGUCAUCCUUGUUGCUACGGCCGAUCAGGAUGAGGAUGAAGAAUUUAUUCCGAAUCCCAUAUUGGAACGAGUACUACGAACUGCUGGUGGCAGUGCUAGCGAAAACGACGAUCCUCCAAGACAGAGUCAAAACUCUCCUCAGCCGACAUUAUCGACCAGCAUUACAUAUCAUCCCAUUAAGACCCAAUCAAAUUCGCAGUAUUCCCUGGCUGCGGAUAUGCAUAAACAAAAUAUGGAAAUCCAGCGACAGUUACAGCAACAAUACUACCCGACGCAACCGCAAUCACAACCGAGCAACGAAAGUUAUCAGCAGUAUUCAACUAUUCCAAGUAACGCGGCCAUUUUCAAAAAUCAACAGUUCCAUCAACAACAAACACAGCCUGCUGCUUCCAUGUACAGUGACGCACCGAUUCAGAAAUCGAUGAUCUAUCAACCUCCUCCGGUUUUGCAACAUCAGUAUCUUCAACAAAAACAACGACUAUAUGAAGAUUCUGGCAGUGAGCAUAGCUACGACAUGAGAAUGAGUGCCCCUACAGCGGCUUCAUCUGUUUCCACUGGAUAUGUCCAAUCACCUUACAUGUCCGUUCCAUGUCCGAUUGAUCAAGUUUUUCAAACGGUGUCAGCUUCGCCAACAACAACUAUUAACACAACAGCUAUCAAUGGUGUACCAAGCCCUGCGCUUCCUUUGGGUAUCCGACAGAACAUCACUUCGCUGAUGCAUCAACAAAACGCAGCCGGUCUCAGACAACAGCAACAAUCUCCACUGGUGAUGUCUCAACAGGCGCCUCCAGGUUCAAGUGUUUAUCAGAAACCUCCACUGCCCAUGGGAUCCUACACGCAACAACCAUCGCAACAGCAAACUCUCACUCAGUAUAGCACUAAUCCUAACCCAUACAAUUCUUACAGUUCUCAACAGCAGCUCCAUCAGCAACAGCAAUCACCUUACCAAAGGGUUCCCUUACUGCACUAUCCAGAUUCUUCCUAUCAUGAUCCUUCGUUGACUCAACAGCAAUUACCUUCCCCACAACAACAGCUAUAUCUGCAACCUUCGCAAACCCUUCAGCAACAAUCGCAGUCUAAACCCUCUCAGAAAAAAGUGAGCUUCGAACCUGGCACCAAAGGUGGCUCAGAUUGUCCUCCGUCCCCUCAACCACAAAACCAACAACAACAACAACAAUCUACUGAACCCUUACCGCCACAACCACAACCACAACAGGUCGGCCUUCCCGUCACACGGGUAGCUAUCGCAACCUACAACAGCAACGCAAUCGUCAAAUCUUCGGCUAAAGCGGUUCAAUGUAAUCUCUGUCGGAAGAAGCACUGCAUUUUACCGGCUAUGUAUUGUUCCGAUUGCGAAUUCUAUAUGAGCCGUUUUCAGGUUCCGAUGAGAAGGUGAUCGACUUAAUAGUUCAAGUAUCAUGAAAGUGCAAAUUAGUUUGUUACGUCCGAUCAAAGUAAAAAAGUGCCUUCGGACGGGCAUUGGCGGACGGACUAAUCCGUCCGCUAUUGCCCGCUGUUUCCCUUUUGCUGUGAAUUUGCCUUAGGAGUUAUACCGUUAGAGUUGUUGGUUUAAUAUAUUAUUACUUUCCCGCGUUCAGUUUGAAACUGGAUCGUCCGCGGUGUUACAAAUCAUUCUGCUGAGCAGAGCCCUUUUGAAAAGAAAUGCUUCGCAGACGAAAAGUAUGCUGAGGUUGCUGCUUCCGGGGAGGCCCACUCCUGUUGAUUGUGAUAUUUUUUCCUCAAACCUAUUUAAAUAUUUUAUCUAUUUGUCUGUCGUGAAUAUUGUAAAUAGUACGGAAGGCAUCAUGAAUACGUCCAAUAGUUAAGUAAAUUGACUGUAAGUUUUUAGUGUAAGAUCAAAAACCUCUAUUCCUGUCGGAUUUAUGUUUUCUUAAGAUGGAUCCCAUCAAUGCAUUUUAAUGUUUUGAAGGAAAUAACUAGACUUAAAAAAAUCAAGAGACCAAGCUCCAACUUCGUCGACAUUCCAUUUAUAAUAUGCUCUGAACGCAAUUGAACAUACUUAAAUAUUCUAAUUAAACUAUAGUAAGGAACUUCCUGGAAGGGAAAAGUAUCAAAUGAACACGUAAGUAUUAUUAACAUGCAUCGAAACAGGUGAGAUUUGUUUUCUAAUCUGCUCAUUCUAUUCCCUGAUUCAUACUUAAGUUUUAGUUAAGUUAUUCCUGCCUACUGUAUGCAUUUUCUGAUACUUUUAUUGUGCUUUCUUAUUAAGUUUUAUUUUCAUAUUUUUACAUGAUUUAUAACGUAAUUUAAAAAAAGAACUAUGAUGA